AGAUUAGUUAAUAGUUAUAGGUAUUGAAGUAAUUUAAGCAUGUGCUAGACUGCUGGCAUCAGUGCCGUACAGUGAUUCAAACAUUUUGUGCUGGCGGUACUUGAUAUUACAAUUUUGAACAACAAGUCUCAUUUUUAAAUCAAAAAGAAACAUGGCUGCCGUGUCUUCAAUGAGAAGGCAGACGCCAAACAGGCACACCGAGAUGCAAAAUACAGAAGAUAAACAAAUUCCUGUCGUUGCAUAUAUUAUCACUGAUGAUGAAGCAGGUUUAACUCAGGGUUUAAAACUAAGACCUGUUGAGCUAACAAGAGUUGUUCGUCUUUUAUCCGAUCCUCAUUCAAGUCAAUUGUUUGAAAGACAUGUCCAUGCACUUAACCGUAUCACAUUAAAAUAUGAAUACGGAUUUUUAAUUCGAGAUCUGGUCCAUGUGUUUAAGAUUCUCAAUAUAUGCGCUGAUCGAGUGGCUCAGCAUACUUGUUAUGUUCAACCUAUGUGUAAAUUGUUGCACAUAUGUGGGUUGUCCUACUUGACGGAGAAGAUGUCAGAUGAAAGUGCGUAUUCGCAAAUUGUGAUUGAAUCUGUAUCACAGAUGGGUUAUCUCAUGAGAGUUCCAAACUCAAGUGUUCGUUCAGCGCUUGCUGAUGCUUUGAUAUCUUUGUAUUGCAAUCCACCCACCUCACAAGAUGUUUACCAGGAUUUAAAGCCAGCAAGCCACGAAUACAACAUAAGGAUGGUUGAAAGCAGUGAUGUUGCUGAGACACUCGUCAAGUCAUUGUCAUUAUUCCACAACAAUCUUGAAAUUCAACUCAAAAUUUUGAGAGUUUUGCAAAAGUUAUCUUGCUCUUCUGCUGUAAACUGUGACAAGAUGCUACAAAGUGAAGCAGCAUACAGAAUAUGUUGUGAAAUGAAUUCCCCUGACCCAUCUGGAUACCUUCUCUUCAUAUCAGUGGAAAUUAUAUGGAAUCUUUUAGAACUUGGAGGAGAUGAGGUCACGAAACAACUUGCAAAUCUACAAUGCGUAAAUGCAUUGAAGGAGGCGUUCAGGGAGUUGAUGAUAUCUGGUUGCUCCAAUUAUGAAAAGCAACUUCGCAAUGAUUUGCUCGUCAUUACAACCUUGCUAUGUCAAAACCCAUCAGCACCAAUAGUAGAGUCAGGUUUCGCAAAACAGAUCGUUCUCUUUGCAACAUUCUCUGAGGUUAAAAGUUACAACCCACUUUUAAGAAACCUCAAACUUACACAAAGUCAUGAAGAUUUUGAGCUUAAGAAAAUGUUGAUUAAUUUGCUUGAGAUAUUAAGCAAAGAUCAUGCUGCAUUGCAGAUUUUGUCAGAUGGCAAAGUUCUUCUUUCUCUUUUUCACUACGUUAAAUCAGAUGAUGGGAAGGUUAAGCCACGUGAUUGGUCGCCUGCGCAGUUUGAAGAACUCCAGUUACACGCUAUGUCAGCUUUGAACAAACUCUCAGUUCUGCUUAUAGAUGAUUACAUGAUAUGUCAGGGCAAUACAAGACUUCUGCUCUUACUGGAAUGGUGCCUUGGAAAGGAGCCAUUUACUGGCCAUGGUAAUUCCUUCCAUGGUUCUGGUGGCCGUGGAAACAAGAAAGCUCAGAUGAGACAAUGUUUACGACUUUUGCUUGCUGUCGUGUCCAAUUCAAAUGAGAUCGCUUCAAAAGAUCUGUGCGACCAAGGGAUCCUGAAUCAACUAUUAGAUGUUCUGGAAAACUUCUUCUCGACAGAUUGCGACAACGCAAUAGACAUCGAACUUCAAUGUGACAUACUCUACAUAUUAUCAAGGUUGUGUGAGAAUGAUAUACACAGGAAGGAACUCUUUGGUGGACAGGGUGUGGACAUUCUAAUCCAAUACCUGAAGGCAAACCCAGCUAAACUAUCCAGUGGUCUUGGUCACCACAGAUUAAUGUUGGCAAGUGUGGAUGCUACUUGGUGUUGCGCAAUCGGCUGUUUCUCAACUGAAGACCUUUUACUUGAAAAAGGAGGAGUUUUCUACCUAAUUGAUCUUCUGCAGAGUUGCCCAAGAAACAUGCACAACUUAAUACUUGGUUGUCUUCUUGAACUUUGUGAAAACCCGAAAACCAUCGCCCACAUCCACACAUGGAGGGGAAUGUCGGACAUCACUGCUCCUCAUCUGCUCAUCCAACUGUGGAGAGAAGAGGAGAAGAGCAUGGGAGUCCUCCGAGAUGAAACAGGAUGUAUUGUGGAUAUCACAGCUCCUAUAGCAGGUGCCAUGCAAAGAGAACAAGUGGUUGUUCCACAAUCUGCUACAGCAUUGUCAUCAUCUAUUGUUGAUGUAUCUGAAAACCUAAGAGCUAAAAUUUAUGCUUUGUUUGCUAAGCUUGGGUUUAGUGAUCUACCUGGUUUAACUACACAGGAUUAUGUGGCAUUGGCAGUGAUUGAGAAGUACCUGGAUUUUAAGCUUGGAGAAGUCUGGCUUGAAAUUUCUUCUGAGCUUCAAGUGGAGAAUGUUGUUGCUACAAGUCCGGACCAGGAAGCAUUGGAAACCAUUAACCGUGCAGCAAGUGAACGCGCCAAAGGGGUGGCCAUGCUGCAAACCGAAUUAUUAGAAGCAGAAAAGCAACAAGAUUUACAUGAGGAGAAGUUAUUCUAUGCAGAGGUAAAGGAGAACCACAAACAACAGAAGAACACAAUUUCUCGUUGGGAAGAUUUUGUAAAACGAACUUCUGAUCAUAACCAUUUGGUUGAUUGUAAAAACCAACAACAAAAAUCGAUUGAGUCAUCUAAAACUAAACCAAGACAAGGAAACACAACGAAAAAGUUGUCCACCACUUUCCAUGAUACAACUUCAAAGAAUCUAAACACCACUACUUUCCAAGGAAGGCAUGUGACUGUUGAAAGUACACCCGCAGAAUUAACUGGAGAGCGAGCACAGCUAUUGGGUUAAUUUGUUUUGUAGUGUGCAAAUAUGUCGCAUAUUCUCUUUCUUUAUAUGAAUAUCAAUAAAAACUUUCAUGCGCCAGAUAAAUGGAAAAAUUAUAAAUUGUGGCGAUUGUGCUUUUUUAAAUACAGUUAUUUUCAUUAUGCCAUUUUUUAAGUUUUGACAAAAGUAUUUCAUGCCUUUCUUGUAUCUAUACUAAGUCUUGUCACUUUUUUACUGCAGAGAAUAAUUCUGACAAUAUACAUAUUUACCAUUUAUUUGCCCUUGUGCAAAUCGGCAGUUAACAUACAGACGAUUAUUUCAUACACGUAGGUGGUUUUGUUUUUAACUCUGAGUGACCACUAGGUGUGACCAACUACUGUAAAUAUCUUCGUCAAUGUUUAGCUCUACAGAGGUUCAGCAAUUUCUCUGCCUAUGUCCCUAUGAAAAAAAGGAGCUGCAUAGGUACUUAAUGACAGAGCUCCACGACUACCGUGGUAUUAUAUUCUUUUAAACAUUAGUUUAUAUUAAUAUUAAGUGAUUAAACAAACCUCUUUUUGAACCAGACACCAUUUGUACACACAUCAGCAGGUAGAUGUUACGGCAUUCAUUUAUCUAUCAUGAUCACAGCUGUUUCAGUCUUACGAAGGGGAAAAUUACCAAACCAAUCAUCGAAACCUUUGCAGAGGGUGACUGCAACACGGUUUGUCAGAAACAUCACAGGAAAUCAUUAAAUCAAACCGAAAGAUUGCAUGAGCGUUGCAUGAGAUGAGAACAUACGUUCAAAGCAGUUUUGAACAAGCGAAGUGUUGUUGCAAAUUAUCAUUCUGUUUUCUUCGUUGCAGUAUAAGUAGGAUAAAAAAUGGUUUGCGCGAAAUAACACAUUUUUCUGUGUAAUCACGCAAAGUCAUGCGACGUAGCAAUUAACCCGGAUGUAUUUUUAAACAACCAAAAUAAGUUAUAAGUUGUAGGAUCAAAAUCAAAAUUAAAACCAUUCUUUCAACGGACACACAAGCGUUUUUCAGGCUGUCGAAAUGCAUCCAGCACACGCAUUUUCCUACGAUGCGAACACAAUGUUCAUGCCGCAUUUAAACUAGCACAUUUCUAGCAAGCACAAGCUUUUGCAGCCUUUCUUAAAACCGAGAUCGUCUAGUGUUUUAUUGAUCAUCGGGUGUUUUAUUUAUGUUUUAUAGUGGUUACAAUCAUUUCAUAGUGGAAGAAAAUAUAAAAUGCAAAGACUCUAUCAUUACAGACCCGUGCCUUUGCACAGCAGGAAAUCGUCAGCAGUUUUCGAAGAGCUUAAGAGUAGAUCCACGAAAAGGCCUUCUUUCUUUUGAAUCAAAAAGUGUCCGUAUUGAAUAACCAUUUACAGAUAAAACACUGUACAUUCUCUUGCCUAUCUCAUUGUUUAGAAGCAACAAAAUGAAUAAAUCAGCUCUUCUCUUCUUGCUUGUCAUCGGACUUCUCGUCAUUACUGCAACUACGAAUGUAGAAGCAGAUUCUGUCCAACUUGGACGUCGUCGUCGCCGCCGUGGUCCUAUCGUUGGAAACCAAAAUGUUAUGCAAACUGUUAAGGACGUGUUGAUGGAACUUGAGAGAUCAUGAUCACUACGAUUAUUUGAUUGGUAAUCAGAAGAUAUAAAUUACAAAUUCCCACCUUAAUAAAUGAACAUGCAUUCAC